AUGGAGUUGUAUGUUUAUAUAUUUGAUUGCUAUGUGUACACUGUUUAUGUAUUUUCAGUGAACGAAGGUUUGGUGGGUGAUUCAUUAAGUACAGAUCAAGGAGAUUUAAACAUUGAUGGAUCUUCUUCUAUUCCAGUUGAUGAAGAUUUGGUUGGUGCUGUAGUAAGUAAUGGUGAUGAAGCUUUUGAUUUGUAUAAUGAACAUGCAUAUAGAGUUGGUUUUAGUGUGAGGAAGGGUAAACAACGUUACAAGGCAUCUACCAAGACAAUUCAAAUGAAGAGGUUUUACUGUUCUAAGGCUGGUUUUAAGUGUAAGGCAGAUGGUGGUGUUAAGCUUUAUUCAAAAAUUGAUACAAGGACAGGGUGUGGUGCAUUUGUUCAGUUUGAUGUGGGUGGUGAUGGAUUGUGGACAGUUGCAAAACAUAUGAAGAUGCACAACCAUGAGCUAUGUGAUUUAGAUAAGAGUCAUCUACUUCGUUCACAUAGGAGAGUAGGAAGUAACCAGCUUUCAUGUUUAAAAGAUUUGAAGCAGAGUGGAGUUGGGGUGGCAGGGGGUAUUAGGUUUUUGAAACACCAAUCAGGCGGGUCUCCAUUGGUUGGUUUCACUAGUCGUGAUGCUUAUAAUUCGUUGGCUUUUGACACAGUUAAGAGUUUAGAUGGAACUGAUUCAAAUUCGUUGAUUGAAAUAUUUAGGAGGAGGCAGUCUAAUGAGUCUGACUUUUUUUUCGAUUUUGAAGUUGAUUCUGACUCAAGACUGUGUAAUUUUUUUUGGAGGGAUGGUCAAAUGAGACGGGAUUAUGAAUUGUUUGGAGAUUUGUUAGUGCAUGAUACAACAUAUCGCACUAACAAAUAUGAUAUGAUAUGUGGGCCAUUUGUAGGGAUGAAUCAUCAUUGUAUGAAUGUAAUGUUUGGUUGUGGGUUUUUGAAGAACGAGAGGAUAGAAUCCUUUGUGUGGUUGUUUAAAGCCUUUUUAAGAUCUAUGGAUGGCAAGUGUCCACAAUCGAUUAUGACGGAUCAAUGUGCAGCCAUGGCUGCUGCUAUUUCUAUAGUUUUUCCAUCAUCACGCCAUCGUCUUUGCAUAUGA